GUGUGGCCGCCGCCAUCGCCGCUCCCGCAGCUCCGGGGCCGAGAGGGGCCGCGGCUUCCCGGGCGCGGGGAAGGGCCCUGGGCUGGGCCAAGGCGGCGGCGGGCGGCGGCGCGGGGUCACGGCGGCGCCAUGGGGAAGCGGGAUAACCGUGUGGCUUAUAUGAAUCCCAUAGCUAUGGCCAGGGCACGAGGUCCUGCCCCAAAUUCAGGACCAACAAUACAAGACUACUUGAACAGGCCAAGACCAACGUGGGAAGAAGUGAAAGAGCAACUAGAAAAGAAAAAGAAAGGAUCCAGGGCUUUGGCUGAGUUUGAAGAAAAGAUGAAUGAGAAUUGGAGGAAAGAACUGGAAAAACACAGGGAGAAAUUACUGGGUGGAAAUGAGAGCUCCUCCAAAAAAAAAGAGAAAAAGAAAAAGGAAAAGAAGAAAUCUAAUAGGUUGUCUUCAUCUUCCUCUUCUUCAUCAAGCUCUGAUUCUUCCAGCAGUUCAUCUGAUUCAGAAGAUGAGGAUAAAAAGCAAGGGAAGAAAAGAAGGAAGAAGAAGUAUCGCUCCUCACGGAAAUCUUCAGCAAGCACAACUUCAGAAUCUGAGUCAGACAGCAAGGAUAGCACAAAAAAGAAGAGGUCAAAGGAAGACUGUGAAAAAGAGAAGGAAGGUAAAAAUCACCACAGGAAAAGGAAGAAAGCAGAUGGACCUUUAUCAUCAGAAUCUGUAUCUGAAUCGGAUCAGACAGAGGAGGUGCAAGCGAAAAAGAAGAAAAGCAAUGAGGAAAAAGAGAAAACAGAUAAAACGAAAAAGAGAAAGAAGCACAAGAAACAUGGUAAAAAGAAGAAAAAGAAGACUGCUGGUUCAAAUUCAGAUUCAGAAUAAUAUUUUAAAACAACCGGAGACUAUCAACAGAAGUGCAAUGACUAAAGGAAACUUAAACUGUGAAAUGACAGCAAACUUUACCAAACUGCAUGAGUUUUCCUGUGUUUUAGAAAUGUUCCUAAUCUUUCAGUAGCCAGCCAGAUGCAGCUGUGCUGGGAAAGACCAUUGUUAUUGCCUGCUGCUUAAUACACGAGGUACAACUUUGAUAAGAUUCCAGUAAGCAGUGUUAGAUGUUUGAGACAAUAUGAGAUGGUAGGCCACCUGAGGUGUAAAAUAUUGGAAAAUAAGAGUUAAAUCUUUUAGAUAGUAAAAAUAGUCUUUUAAAGCAUUAGUAAAAGUCUUUAUUUGUAAAUCAGGACAAAUUAAAUCCCAAGUUCAUCCUGCAGGUUAAUAUUAUGCAUAAACUACAAGCUGGUGUCUGCUAAUGGAAAAUUAAUGAUAACAUUUAAAAGGCUGCCUUUGUAGAAAUCUGUAUCAUCUGCCCCAUUACCAUCUCCAUGCUUAUGAGAAAGGGAAUGCUACCAUUUUGGCUACCUGAAUAGGGUGCCUUUGCCUUUGAUUCUUGCAAAUCUUUGCUACUUUUAAUCCAUGCAUCUCUGCAUUCUUGGGAAGCUAGAGCUAUUGUCAGCAGACUUUUCUGAAUGAGCAGUUUUGAGCUUCCAAGCAUGUGCUUCUGCAUUAAGCAAGAGCAAUGACAUUUUGCAGUAUAACUGACAGUCAAAACCUGAAGAUUUUACCUCUGCUUUUUCAAAAUAGUGAUAGACCUUUGCUAGUAAAUAGGCGCAUUUCAUUCAAUGUAAUUUUGGUUUAAUUGAAAACUUCUUGCAAACACUGGUAGCUUUCUUUGCGUUAUCUUUAGAAUUGUUUUGCAUGAUUUGUACCAUUUUUAAAUUAACAAAAUGCAGGUAAUCAUUUGUUGUAACCAGUUCUAUGAAUUACGUUUCACAUGAAGAUUUUCAUGUAUGUAUUUAGUUAUAGUUAAGUUCAUUGCUGUGUUUAAGUGCACACUUGCUGAAGUUAUUUAGCAUGUAAAAAGCAAGGUUUUGAUACCUAAACAGCUUCAUAUUGAAGCUGAUUUUACUCUGAGCAAGUUCAGUGGCAGAUCUGUUAUGUGAUGUGUCUUGUUAGAUAAAAAAACUACUGCCAGAAUCUCAUUAAAGAUACUGUUUAAACAGUUUGUAUUUAUAUUUUUGUACUUGAGGGCUACAGAAUGUUGACCUAACUCAUAAGGCUGUUUUACUUUAGUUUAGUUGCUUUAGAUAACUGAAAAAAAGCUUUUUUUAAUUAAAUGUGCCCACAAGAAAACAUGAGCAACCAUUUGAUUUUAGUUUACAUUAAAUUCUCACUACAUCUUCCAUUGAAAUACUGAUUGCUGGACCUUCUGUUAGCCUUUAACAAAUGCCCAUCCAUCCCAGGUAGUCAAAUAUAGAUUGUAUUUUUGAUCUACCCCUUUUUUCCAUUGCACAGGUGCUAACUUAGAACUUACCUCUAUUGCAUACGGAUGUUUCAAAUGUUGUGUUGCCAAGAAUUUCAGGACUUUCAAGACACUGAUUAUUAGUCUGCAAACCAUAACUAAAAUCUGUGGGAGAAAG